UCAAGCGUCUUGAUUCUGCACAUGCGCACUGCUGUCCCCGGAUUCGCCGUGACGAAGAUGGCGGACGUUUCUUUGGACGAAUUAAUACGCCGACGCAAUUUUAACACCAGGGGAGGCCUUAAGAGGCCGACCUUUGGUAGAGGGGCAGGGCUAACAGGAAGAGGAGCGGGCUCAGUAGGGAGAGGGGCGGGGCUUAUGGGCCGGACUUUUGAUGCUCGACAGAAGAUCGGCUCCACUGACGUCAGACAGAGGCUCGGAGGAAGUGGAGUGUUCCAGGUGAAGGAUGCAAGGGAGAAGCUGGGUCAGAAUGAUGCCCGUUUCCGUAUUCAGUCCAGAGGUGGUGCUGUGAGUGCAGUGCAGGACGCCAGACAGACCAUAAACUCUCGUAAACAGCAGCAGGUCCAGGAUUCUCCGUUAUUGACCACCUCUCAGACCCCAAUCCCACAUAUUCACAUCCAGAACACCACCACGCCCAGCAGCACCGGAGUCAGAGCCUUCCCUACCAACCAGGGACUCGGUACCAGAGUGGGUGUGGCCAUACAGACCAGAGGCGGGAUCACAAAAGUGGUGGAUGCACGUGAUAGGCUGAGUCUGAAGAGAAGCGUCUCAUCAUUGCCCAGUCAGGGAUCUGCAGCUCCACUCAAGAUCACCAAAACUAUCCAGCAGAGGCCGGUUGGUAUGACCAGUGGGAUUCGUAUCAAUGUACCAAGCAGCGCAGCUCAGAGUACUUCCAAUGAAGAGGAGGCUGUGGUUCCAAAUAAACAGUUAAAGUUCACUACGACAAAUGACCUGGCACAGACAAGGGUUGGAGGAGGAUUCUCUGUCUCUACUCCAAUCACCAAAGUGGUUAAGAAUGACACGUACUUGGCUCCGCCCCCUGCAGCCUCUACUGCAGCUGCUGCAGUUGCACCCACUCGCUCUAAUCCCCGCCCACCUGCACAGACCCCUGAAAACUCAAACUCUCAGCCUGCACAGCCAGUGUUUAGUCCAUUGGAAGGAACCAAAAUCACAGUGAACAAUCUCCACCCACGUGUCACAGAGGAGGACAUAGUGGAGCUGUUCUGUGUGUGUGGAGCACUGAAGCGAGCUCGGCUGGUGAAGGUUGGAGUAGCUGAGGUGGUGUUUGUGCGGAAAGAUGAUGCCAUCAGCGCUUACAGGAAAUACAACAACCGCUGUCUGGAUGGUCAGCCGAUGAAGUGUAACCUGCACAUCCAGGGUAGUGUCAUCACAUCAGAUCAGCCCAUCCUGCUGAGACUGAGUGACUCUCCCAGUAAAAAGGAGACUUCCUCCUCCUCGGCUGCGUCCCGAUCCACACCCCGCUCCAGCUCAGCUGAAGUGGAUCCCCAGACCAUUCUGAAGGCUCUGUUUAAAUCGUCCAAUCAGAGCUCAGCCACUACAGAGACUCCUCCCCCUGCCGCACACUCUACAGCCUUCCGCAUAAAGAUCUAAGACAGACAGACGUGGCCACAUCUGCCACCUCCAGUUAUAACACACACUCUUCUGUUGGUACGUGUCCAUUUGUGAGUGCUGUGUCCCGUUUGUUUAACUGGAUGACCAGUAUGAUGGCUCACACUGUGUUUAGCCAAUCAGGUCACUGGAGACAGUGUCCAUCAGCUUUACGAUGGAGAUCCUGAUUUUUAUUGUUUUACUACACAUCACAUGGAGCUUCUAAAUGUCUUUAUAACAUUAGAGAGGUGGUAUGCUAGUGAGGGUACGCUAGCUGAAAUUAGCUAGCCUAUAAUGCUGCUGAUGCACGUUGUGCCCCACCUAGCUUAGCGUGUUUACCGUUUCUCACGUGAUAAUUCCAGAAACGUCAUCAUAUUUACCUGGUUUCCACAGCAACAUCCCCCCUGUCCACCCUCAGAGCUACAUACACAGAGAAACACACAGGUUACAGACUUUGCAAGAGGGCACGUACCAUCACCACACACACUGUCCAGAUGAGUGCGUGGGACCGGAGCUGGUUCACCGUGUGUUUCUGUCUUAGAACAUCUGUUAUUUUGGUUUUAAUUCUCACACACAUGAUGAUGAUGAUGAUGUACAUGUUGUGUAUACAGGCACGUUUAGAAGUGUUGUUUCUGUACAGAGGGUGCGGCCCUGUGCCGGUCCUCUGUGUUCAGCUCUUUGUAGUGUACCUUUGCUGGUGUUGGUGAUUUGGGACACAGCCAACACCCCUUAUACCCCCCCCCCCAGUUAGGGUGGGGCCAUGUGUACAACUCUGUGUCUGUACUGGACUUUUUGGUUGUUUUUUCUGCAGUAAACUUGCUUUAUAAUAAACUUA